AUGUCUGAUAACACGGAGCCCACAAUCUCCCAAGAACUUAGAGAUUGGCUGGUCUCAACCAUUGCCGAAUCCAUUCCCAAGGCGUUAACCACCUUUCAUGAGAAGACUUCUGCCAAAGUCAAUACUACCGCACGCUUGCCUUCUGACUCCGAGGAUUCUCAACCCUCGGAUCAGGAGACCACACGUAAGCGCCCUUGGAAAGGGGAUAGUAGGUCUGCGGGCAAAGGUAAGGCUCCUGCCAAGUCCCUAAAAUUGACUGCCACUCAACCCGCCCACGCCAUCUCCGACCCCUUAGAGGGCUCUACUUCCCACACGGGCGAUAGGGUUGAAGAUUAUUGCCUUGAUUAUUCUGAUGAGGACCCUUCGGCGAAUGUGCUAGGGGAUUCCCCAUCAGAGUUUGUCAAGGAGACUUUCAUAUCACACAAAGAAUCAGAUGCAAAAA